AGAGAAGGAGAGACAGGGUGCAUCUUGUAUUUAGAAAUCCUAAAUUUCCAACGAACGCGUCCUUUGUUCUCCGCUGUUCCUUUCCGCAUUAUAAUCUCUACCUACUGAUCACGGCGCUGCGCUCUCGCUCUCUCUCCCAGCUCUCGGCAAACUCUCCGUCCUCUCUUCAUCUCCUCUUCAAAAAGCCCUGGGAUCGGCCGCCCAACGGGCGGAUCCGGCCGUCCGGUCGCCGGAAUCGAGCUCGCCCCCCAUGGACACGGUCCAGGUCUCGUCGCCGCCCCGGACUGUCGAGGAGAUCUACAAAGACUACAGCGGCCGCCGUGCUGCCGUCAUCGGCGCCCUCACCACCGAUGUCGAUGAGUUCUAUACGCUGUGCGAUCCAGAGAAGGAGAACUUGUGCUUGUACGGGCACCCCGGGGGGAUGUGGGAGGUAACGCUGCCGGCGGAGGAGGUGCCGCCGGAGAUGCCGGAGCCUGCGCUCGGGAUCAACUUCGCGAGGGACGGGAUGGACCGGAAGGACUGGCUCUCGCUGGUGGCGGUGCACAGCGACUCGUGGCUCCUCUCCGUCGCCUUCUUCUUCGGAGCCCGCUUCAAUGGCAACGAGAGAAAACGUUUAUUCAGCAUGAUCAAUGAGCUGCCCACUGUAUUUGAAGUGGUGACUGAUAGGAAACCAGCAAAAGAAAAAUCUGGUAUGGAUAGUGGAAGUAAAUCCAGACUCUCAGCAAAGCGAUCAAGUGAUGGGCAGUUGAAAGCCAAUUCAAAAAUGGUUGAUGAGGAAUAUGGUGAAGAAGAUGAUGAACACGGGGAAGCCCUCUGUGGAAUUUGUGGUAGCAACUACAGUUCAAAUGAGUUCUGGAUUGCAUGUGAUGUAUGUGAGAGGUGGUUCCAUGGGAAGUGUGUGAAGAUAACACCUGCUAAAGCCGAGAAUAUAAAGCAAUACAAAUGCCCCAGUUGCAGUUCCAAGAGAGGAAGGCAGUAACUCAUUAUCUCGUCUUUCUAUACAAAUGUUGUUUGCCAUUAUAGUGGUUAUACUGCAUCCUGAUAUAAGCUAUAGCAACACAGUACCAUUCUAGAAAAAUGAUACUCUCUUUCAAUUUCAAGGUGCUUGUCUUUGGACCAUAGAAUAAAAGACAUGGUUAAAUACUGUUUUUGUAUAUAAACUCUAUCCUUGAGUAUACUUCAACAGUUCUUGUUUUCUUAAUGAAUCACAUUAUGUGGAUAUCUGUCCGCAAACA